GAUUAUAUGUUGCUCGACUGUUACCAGGCUUCUCUGAAACGUAAUUAACAGGUAUACAUGUGUUUUUCUCUUCCAUCACUCAGUCCCAUGAUAAUGCCACAUAACCCCAAUGUAACUGCACAUUUAUCUGUCUCACGGUAUACAGAGUGCUUGGGUUUUAUGGCUCUGAAGAUUAUUUCCACUUUCUCACAUUUCAGCCGUGAAUUCCUUUUUAUGUAGCAUGGUGACCACAACUAAAAGUCCUUUCAUGUGCCAUUUAGCACUGGACAAGUGACACAGUCUGCUUGGAGAUCCCACUGACGAUAAAGAUGAAGCUUUCGUCAAGUAUCGUUGAAAUAAUUGCCUGCUGCAUCUUACUCGUUGUAAGCGUACUGGGAAAUGCUAUAUUGAUUUUCUGCACAUGGAGGUGCAUUACAAGACGCCUGCCAACAUCAUUCGCUCUCAUUUUCAGUCUUGCAUUUACGCAUGUUGUGAAAAAUAUUGUGGUCAAUACAAUCAAUAUAGUUUCCAGUGCUGGAUUUCUCCCUAAUCCUCUUCUCUGCAAAAUUAGAUUAUUCACUACAUCGAUGACCACCAAACUGGAGAUCUGGUUUACCCUGUACUUGGCUGUGUUCUAUUGUGUUAAGCUCAAUCGUGUUGUCCAUCCACUGAGGACACCUCCUAAUGGCAAAUGGCGCAUGCAUCACCUCAUAGGUGUGUCCACUUUGUGGGUCACAGCAGUUGCGGUUUGUUGUCCUUACUUAGUAUUUGGGAAUAAUGCUGAAAGCCUUAGUCUAUUCAAUGUUUCCUAUCCCCCUCAUCACACAUUUCUUUAUGAAGAGUGCAAACUUUUUUUUCCUGAUGAUGUUGUUGAAUUGUUUUAUCAUCAGGUGUUUAUGGUCAUCAUUGACUUGCUUCCACUUGCCACUUUAGUCCUGGUCAGUUUUCGCAUUCUGCUGCUUUUCCACGAGCAAAAGAAAGCGACGUAUGGUAAUAUUUGGAUUGGACAUGAUCCUUCUGAGACAGAGGUCCUGCGGGCUUCCAAAGUGAUCAUAGUUUUAAUGGUUAUUGUCACAGCCCUGUGGGUCACGCAUUUUAUCUUAGUCUGGCAUUUAAAGUGCAUUGGUUCAUGGUAUUUAAUGUCGACUGUGCUUGCUGUCUUAUCUGCUGGAUAUUCUAGUCUCAGCCCUUACUUACUUAUGCUGAUUAAUUACAAAAUCAGUUUAAAGAUUCGGUCACUGAGAUCCUUCUGCUGUGCUAACACCAAGACUGACAGACAGAACUCUGCAUCUAAAACUGCAACCACUGAAGAUUGA